AUGUACGCAGACAUCACGAAACCGCCGGCCCCUCUGCCCUCGCCCGCCCUGCAGAAGCUGGCGCACGGCAUCGCACUGCUCCCUCCACUGUCGCGAAGGGGAACCGGGCCUGGGCUCAUCCUGCUGACCACGCCAGAGGCGACAGACGAGGCCAUCACAAUCACAGACAAGUCGCCAUCGCCGCUUGUGAAAUGGGCGGAAGAGGGCUAUGCUGUCGUCCAGAUUCCGAGCUCGGUCCUCGAUUCAGUGUCCGCUGAGGAUGCGCUGAAGGAGGCCAUCGAAGGGCUGAGUGCUUGUGCCAAAUGCGAGCCCAAGGGAAAGAUUGGACUCGUCGCCUACUCGGCAAGGCUCUGGAAAAGCGUGAGCGGCAUCUUAGACCCGUUCGCGUCGAUCGUGGCCAACGUCGUCUACGUCGACGAAGCUGAUGUCCAAGACCUCACUGCUUCGCCCAACCCAACACUCCGUCACAUUGCUGGGCCGAUCGCACCACCAGCUCCCAAGUCAGCCACGCUCGUGGAGUAUCGGUAUCCCUCCGUGCAGUCCUUCAACUUUGUCUCGCCCGACCAUGCGCACUUUCACUACAACACCGACUCGGUUGCGCACACGCGGACGCUGCAGUUCCUCAAGCCCCGGAUGGACGGGCCCUACUUUGACCUCGAGACCAUCUGGGACGAGCACUGCUACUACGAGUUUGCGGACCGCAGCGUCGAGCACACCAUGAGCACCAUGGUCCAGGAGCCGUACGUGAACCACGUGCCCACGCUGACGGGCGGCAUCGGCCGGGCGAAGCUGACGGAUUUCUACCGUCACAACUUUAUCUUCAACAACUCGGCCGACACGGACCUCGAGCUGACGAGUCGGACGGUGGGCAUUGAUCGCGUCAUUGACGAGUUCAUCUUCAAGUUCACGCACGACCGCGAGCUCGACUGGCUUCUGCCAGGCGUCCCCGCGACAAACAUCAAGGUGCAGGUGCCCUUCACCGCCGUCGUGAACAUCCGCGGCGACAGGCUCUACCAUGAGCACAUCUCGUGGGACCAGGGCACAGUACUUCGCCAGCUGGGGUUGAUGCCAGAGUACCUGCCCUUCCCGUACAAAGUGGACGGCAAGGAGGGCGACUGGGAGUACAAGGUUCCGGUGGGGGGCGUCGAGGUGGCGGAGAAGAUGAGGGACCGAAACUCGGUCCAGAGCAACGACAUGUUUGGGUUCAAGAUCCGGGGGCGGAGGGCAGACUAG